UACUUCGAGACAAAGACUCUACCACGCCUGGAUAUAGGAUUCACAAACACUGGAAAGGGAGUUGUCAAUGCCACAGGGGAACUUCUGUUUUUGGACAGGGGGCAAAACGGAGCUAUUCAAACCGUCUCAAUCGAAUCACAAAACAGACCAGGAUGGUAUCUAAGACAAAGAGGGUUCGACUUCUACUUAGAGGAGUUGGCAAACGCAACCAAUGUGCCUCGCUUUGAAGACGAUGCUACGUUUAUAAUGGAGAAUGAUAAAUGGUUCCCUGGUUAUACAAUUUUCCAAACAUUUACAUACGGCGAUCAUUACAUGGCGCACGACGAUGAAUAUUCACUUAAGGUCAAACAAUAUGUGGACAAUGAUGAAUUUAAGGAUAUGACUAGCUUCAAACUUAUUUUAG